AUGUUUAAGGAAGCAGAAGAAGCCUUGAUUCAAAAGGAUAUCAAAGCAGCAGAACUGAUGAGAGAUAUGGAACAAAAAAUAGAGUUGAAAUCCAGAAAUCCCGAUAAUGAAUUAUCAACUUUGAUCGGAUUAGAACAGUCCUAUAAAGCGGAAAUAGACCAAUAUAACAAACGAGAAAAAGAACUUUGCAAGCGCUUACAAAUAUCUUCGGAAGAAAAAACUAUUCUCUUAAUGAAGCAUAAUUUGGAGGUACAGAAGAAUGAGUUCGAUGAAUAUAAGCAAAAAGCGCAAAAGGUUUUGAAUGCCAAGGAGAAAUUAUUAGAAUCGCUUAAGGAGGUCGAAAUCUUUUUUUUGUUUCAGGAAUACGAUUUUUUGCAUAAUGAAUUGCAAAGGCAAGAAAAAGCUGUUGAGAAGAAAUUAAUAGAGAAAGAUGCUGAGUUACUUAAAUUGAUGGAAGAAAAAAAACAAAGAAAGAGAUAUGAAAAAGGUGAAAUUGAAGAAAAAAUUGCAAUGAUGGGCGAAAAAAUUAUCGCUAAACAAACAGAAAUUGAACGACUCGAAAGUGAAAAGCGAGCACUCGAGUUUCGUUUGGAACGUUCUGAGCUAAUUCCAUACUGUUUCAGUUUACGAUUGGUCACUUCGAUGCGAAAUCCAGUUUUUCGUAUUUUUAUCUUAAUUUAUUCUACUAUUCUUCAUGCUUGGGUCUUCUUUAUAAUAAUGACUUACACUCCAGAGAUGCAUUCGCCGAAAAAACCAUUCUUUAAAUAG